GAAGUAAUAUCAUGUCUUAACCAGUUUGAAAAAAUUCUCAUACAAAGAGCUAAAGCUUUUCAAACUGUCGUUACAAUGAAACCUGUUAGUAACAAGAAAUUGCCUCACAAACAGAUGGUACAAAAAGUAAAAGGUAGAACGUUUUAUUUACCGUUACCGUUACAAGAAACAUUGAACAAAAUAUGUCCUGAUACUGAUCCGAUUAAUAUCAAUCACGAACUGUACUUUGUACGUGUUAGAGGUAUUCCGACAAAAUCAAAAAUGAUUUGGGAAGAUAUGGUAGACGUUAACAAGGUUUUUGACGCCUUAGUGUGGUUAAAAGAACACAAUCCUUUAUAUUCUCAUAUUGUAUUGCCAAAUACUUGUAAGGAGUUUUCUUUACAAACGUCAUUAUUAAUCGAUCCAGAUUUUGAAGCACAGGAGACAGAAAAUGCUACUGAAUCUAAUUUGGAUGACGAACGCGAAUCGAGCCCAAAAAGUCCAACGCAAGAAAACAACGUAGACGCUACUUUAAAUAAUGAGCAUUUAUUUCCUUUUGGUAUUGAUGGACGACACCAAGCUAGACGGGUUAAACUUCACGACCAUGAAUUUGAUAAAUGUUGUUUGAUGUCCAAACAUCCACAAUUCAGAUUAAAUAUACAAUUCGUAUUUUUUCUGUAUAAUCUGUACACUUUUCGUCAAAUAAAUCGUGGUAUUUAUAGCAAACUAUGUACAACUAAGCGUUAUACGGCUUCAGAAUAUUUAGAAGCACUACAGACAGAUGUAUUAGAAUCUGACUUGAGUACAAUAUUCGCCACUAUAAGAAAUACGGAACAAUACUGGCGUAUACCGAGGAGUAAUUUAAGAUGUAUGACGCAAGAAUACGGACCUGCGACAUGGUUCGUAACAUGGAGUCCUGCUGAAUGGCUGAUGCCUGACUUAGCUGCAUAUCUUCGUGAAGUAAAUGGAUGGCCUGACGAUUCGACGCCCAUUAGUGUACUCGUUGCUAAGGAUCUCGUGUCAACGUCAAGGUUUCUUGAUAACAAAUUCAAAGCGUUCCUUGAUUUUAUUUGUUCCAAAGAUAAUCCGAUCGGAAAAGUGGCGCAUUAUUUCUGGCGACGAGAAUACCAAGGUAGAGGUAUACAACAUUUCCAUUUAUUAAUUUGGAUUGAAGGUGCGCCAAUUAUCGGGAAAUCUUCUGUUGAAGAAGUUUCUCAAUUUAUUUUGCAACACAUAACUUGUGAAAUGCCAGAUCCAAAUAUUUCACCAUUGUUAUACAGGCGAGUCAAUACGCAUCAACGACACAAACAUAACGAUUAUUGUUUUCGUUCUAAAAAAGUAGGACGCAAAACGAUUCGUGUGUGUCGUUUCGGGUUUCCUCGUCCUGUCACGGAAACGUUGAUUUUGAAAGAUGUCAUAAGUUCGAUAGCAGGUAGGAAACGAUUGAAACAUAGAAGUAGGCUUUAUCAUGUUCCUCGAAAACAUGAUGAGAUCAAUAUAAAUGAUUAUCAUUCUGUUCUUCUUACGGUAUUAGAAGGAAAUGUCGAUAUACAAUACGUAAGUGAAACAUCCACGUUGCUUACUUGGUAUAUUACUAAGUACGUAAAUAAACCAGGAAAAUGUGAAAUAUCUGAUGCUGUCCUUGAUAGUAAAAAUAAGACAAAGAAAUCAUUGCGUCAAGAACUUUGGAAUUUUACUUUGCAAGCCACGAGUAAUAGGGAAUGUGGAUCUCUUGAAGCCUGUGAUGGAAUGUGUGGUAUUCCUUUAUGGGGGACUGAUUCAAAAACGACUAUAAAAUGGUUAGAUGUUAAUCAGAUACGACGUAGAAAAGUUAAAACUUAUAAGGAAAUUGAAGCUCUUGACGGAGAUUCUACAAAUAUAUUUUGUCCAUCUAUAAUAGAUGAACAUUAUCCACGGAGACCAAAAGAAUUGGAAUCUAUGUUUUUAUAUGAGUUUCCGGAAAAUUAUUUCUUUUCAUUACUGCUCAUGUUUAAACCGUGGCGGAAAAUAGAAGAUCUUAAAGACGGAUGUGAUACAUAUACAGAAGCAUUUCACAAGGAAAAGUUAUAUCUUACGGAAGCAUUGCAAUAUCAUGAAAAAUUAGAGGAAGUGCAAAAAGCAUUUGAAACUGCGAAGCAAUUAGUUGAACAAUAUUUAGAUGAUUUGGAAAAACAGCAUGAAGUCAUCAACGCCGUAAAGAUAUCGCCGGAUGACGAACAAUUUAAACAAUUACUAUUAUACGUUAGCGGAGAAGGAGGUACUGGUAAAAGUUUCUUAAUUAAAACAAUUAAAUGCUGGAUAAAACAAAAUCUCCACAAAGAUACUGCUGUAACAGCACCUACUGGUAUAGCGGCGUUUAAUAUCGAUGCUUUAACAAAUCACAGGCAAUGGCAGUUACCUGUUAAACAUGGUGAUCAGUCUCCUAAGUAUACACUAUUAUCUGAUCACGUUUUGAAAGUUUUACGAGCAGAUCUUAAAGAUGUUAGUCUUAUUAUAAUUGAUGAAGUAUCAAUGAUAUCUAAUUUAACUUUCAUGUAUAUACAUUUACGACUAUGUCAAAUAUUUGAUACCAUGGAUGACGAUUUCUUUGGUGGAAAGCAUGUUCUUUUAUUUGGAGAUCUGCUUCAAUUACCUCCUGUACGUGAAAAUUUUAUCUUUGUUCCACUAUCAAAAGCAGAAUUUAAUAAAUAUAUUGGCAGUGUGGGGACUACUCCUGAGGAAUGGUUGUGGCAAAAAUUUCAAUAUGAUGAAUUGACGAUCAAUAUGCGUCAGCAAGGAGAUACAGCUUAUCGUGAAUUACUCUCGAGAGUUUGUAUUGGUUUAUUGACAACUUCUGAUUCUGAGAUUCUCGAGAAAAGAAGAAUAUCAUUGAAAGGUCAGUCUUUCGAUGAAAGAUUAUACGAAUUGUGUAAUUAUCUUGAUAAUUUGCCACCUAACACUGUUUGUUUACUGCCUACUCGUUAUUUGUGCGAUGUUCUUAACACUGCAAUGCUAAGUCGUAUUGCUUCGAAAGAAAUAUUAUUAAUUGCUCAAGAUACGCUUGACUGUGAUAAUUAUAUUAAACGAAAGGUACAAAAGCGAUUGACGGAUAAUGAAGACGAUGAUACCAAUACAGCUGGGCUUUUGAAACAAAUUACAAUUAUAAUUGGAGCGAAAGUUAUGAUAAGACGCAAUAUUGAUGUCACUUUGAGCCUGGUAAAUGGUACAAUUGCUACAGUUAUUUCUGUUGUGCGGGAUAUAUCUACCGAUUGUGUAGAAAAGAUUAAACUUCUUUUACUGUCUGGUUUGGAGUAUUGUAUUGAAAGAGUAAGUGUCAAGUUUAAAGUAAUGGAGAAAGCAUAUGUUAUCAGAAAACAAUUUCCCAUAACUCUCAGUUAUGGCAUAACCAUUCAUAAAAGUCAAGGAUUAACCUUGCAAAAUGCUGUUAUGGAUAUAGGUAAUUCUAUAUUUAGUUGUGCUCAGUCAUAUGUUGCGUUAUCCCGACUACCGUCUUUGGAUGGAUUGCAUUUAAUUAACUUUGAUCCUUCAGCUGUAAAAGUAAGUGAAAGAGCUAUUAGCGAAUAUAAUCGACUAAUACGAACAUUUCUACCGCAAGCACAAACGAUUCCUAUUUCGAAAAAACGUUUUCGAAAAGUAAAAGAUGUUCCGUGGACAUUGUCGAAAAUAAUCAAUGCCGGUCAAGAGUCAGAUCAACAAGUUGGAAAAAGUACUGUUGAGCCGAUACCUGUUUUGCAAAAUGAAGAUGGAGUUUCAUGCUACGCAAAUUCAGUAAUACAAUGUUUCUUGCAGUCAAGUAUUAUUAGGAAAGUGUUGCUUAAAGUUGAUAAAGAUGAUUUAAGUAUAUUAGCGCAUAAAUAUGACAAACGAUUACCUAAUUUGAAUGCUGAUGCGAUACGGACAGAUUUAGGAGAGCGCUUUACGAGUCGUGGUGAUGAAAAACCAGCAAAACGAGACGCUCUUGAAUUUCUUAUUGCCAUUUGCACAAAAUAUAAUUACAUAAGAAAUUUGGUCGGGCAUCAAGUUACUCGUACUACUAAGUGCAUUAGCAACUCAUGUGGUUAUACGACAAAAGAUAAUAUUACUGAUAACAUAGUUGUUCCAAUUUCUAUUAAUAAUUUGAAGAAGAAAAGUUAUAAUCUUAAUAAUUUAUUGAAGGAUACAUUUUUAAAUUGGGGUCCGUUAUAUGGAAAAACAUGCCAAUUUUGUGCAUGAAAUCUAGUAUUUAGAAAUGAAUUAACAUUGACGAAAAAAAUAGUUAUCAUUCAUUUAAUUUUGUUCUCGUCACAGGAUAAUAAAUUAGUGAAAAUACCACAGACAUUUAAUUUAACUGGCAUAUCAACAACUAAGAUAUCGAUAGCUAAACA